CACACUACCAUUUAAACCUACAAGCCUAUUCAAACUACCAAAAUAUUCAAAUACACCUGCAACCAACCUUCAAAAUGGUCAAGAUUGACGAAACUUUCCUCAACAAGGCUGUCAAGAAGGGCCUUGACAGUCUCCGGGCAGGCGAACAUCUGGAUCUGCAAGACCCCGAUGAAAUUGGCAAAUUCAUAUUCGGAAUUCUCGCAUCGGGUCUUGGCAUCGAAGAGUAUCACCUGGAAACUCUCAAGGACAAAUUGGUAGGCCUUGAAGCCGCUAUAAGCGACUUCUCUGUCCUGGUUAAGAAGUUUGACGAGGGCAAAGACGUGACAACUUUACUUCUCGGAUACUACACAUCGCUCCAUCAGACAAUGAGAGUCUCGAUGCGGGAGUUUACAUCGCCCAAGUAUGGAGUGGCGUCGCUGCCAUGGUUUGCACUCGCAGCGACCAUGCAUCUCAAGCUGCUGGGCGACGGCAUCCAGCACGGUCGAAAAUGGGGCUUUACUGUAGACGAAGUCCAGUUUCUGCAGGAGACAUUUGAUAAUCUCAUGAAAGAAACUGCGGCGGUCUCACAUGCGGAAAUAGCGUCACGACACAAGCUGUUUUUACAGAACCUCACCGGGGACGGUUCCAAGAUGAGCGAUGUCCCUACGGAGACACUUGAGCAAUGGAAGGCUGUACACUCGGACCUCUCCGCGAUGGAUGAGGAUGACGUUCCCAGCCUUGAUAACAUGAGCUACGUUACAUACGCCAAAAAGACGUAUGAAUUGGGACCAUCUCACGGUGCCACCUUCAGGGCCACGAUGCAGUACGACGCAGAUAUGACUAUCCAUGUGCUCAGCUACGCUGAUUUCUGGCCCUACCUGUCAGGCAAGCCUCUCACAGAUGAGGCUCUUGCGAAUCUGGACCGGGAGAUCUUUGCCUCGCGAGGUCGCUAUGAUCUUUGGCUGGGCAGCCAUUCGUGGUGGGGAGAGCCGUUUUCCGUUGUCAAACGGGGAGACAAUGACCAAAUUACAGCUGUAUAUGUAGGAGGGAUAUCCAACGUUGAGCUUCUUCAGAUGAAGUACAGUGAGGAUUGGGGAGCGGCUUAUGGAUCAACUGGGGUAGACCCAGCCAGUACAACAGAUAUAGAGGCAGGGGAUUAUCUCUCCUGGGUUGAUGUCUGGUUCGGUCAAAAGUUAGGUUGCGUUCAGUUUUGGCUAAACACUGGAAGUAUGUUACGUGAGCAAGGAAGGGCCAUGAAUGGAGGCACUAAGGGGCUUUUGUGGUACGCGGAUCAUCAGGUCACUAGUGUUUACGGGAUCAACUAUGAGAGUCACCCACCGUCAGGCUUGGAGGGCAUCAUUGUUGGGUUCAGAUCGCUUUUCUUGCGAACGGAUUAG